CUACGGUGACAUGACACCCGACACCAUCACGGGGAAGAUUGUGGGCGGCGUCUGCUCACUCAGCGGUGUCCUGGUCAUCGCACUUCCUGUUCCUGUCAUCGUGUCCAACUUCAGCCGCAUCUACCACCAGAACCAGCGGGCGGACAAGAGGAAGGCGCAGAAGAAAGCGAGAGAGACGAGGAUUAACAUGGCCAAGAACGCCAGCAGCGCGGGCUUCAUCAGCGCCAAGAAGAGAGCAGAGGAGCUUCUUCUGGCCAGGGAGGCUGGGCUGGAGCUGGAGGAGAAUAACAGGGGGGACAUCUUCGAGAUGCAGCACCACCAUCUGCUGUCUUGUCUGGAGAAAACCACGGAUAGAGAGUUCGUUGAGAUGGACAUGACCUUCAACAACUCAGCCAGCAAGCCAGCAGAGACGCCGCCCCCCUCGCCUGAGCCGUCUAUAGUCUCCAACAGACGGAAGUCGAGAUGCUGCGGCAAGAGGUCGUCUGUUACCUCAAAGCUAAUGUCGCACGAGAAGAAGCGAUCUCAUUCGAAACACAGCAUUGAGCACCAGGAACUGAACGAUGUCAGAAUGAGGCUCUCGCCCUCUUCCAAAACAGACUCAAGGUCGAGUGGGGUCAACACCUUCGAGGUCCAGGGCUUCUCCAACACCAACCACAACCCCGGGGGCAACGGGCUGAGCAACAACCCGGGGGGCAACGGGUUGAGCAACAACAAAUCCAACAGCAGCCAGGAUAUCUACGGGGGCUACCCUAGCCAGUAUCAGCAGAACCUGACCGGUGGCUUCAGGAACACGACCUCUGAGAGCGAGCCCAACAUCGGCUCCAAGCUGACCUCUGCCGGUCACCUCAACAUCACCACCGCCCUGGUGUCCAGUCCCAACUCGACCGGAAGUUCCGCGUCCGUGCCGGAAGCGUUGCCCGUGUACAGCUCAUCAUUGCCUUCAUCCUCCAACAAAGGGGACAUAAUCAGGAUAUCAACGUUAUAACCCUUGUCUUGGGACUUGUCAAGGGAUACAAGAAAAUGAUAUCAACGCGAAGUGAACGAAAAACAAAAUGAGCGAAAACCCGAAAAAAUAAAAACUAGCAUCUGGAGUUUUACAGUAAAAUUUUAUAAAUAGUUUAAAAGUUUCACCAGCUCUCAUAUCGAAUCUGAUUUUUUUUUCCCGAAAGCUGGACACCACCUGACCAUCACCGUGUUGGACUGGUAGCUCAAGCUGUUCCGUGCGACAUGGCCUGUGCCUUAAUUUUGCCACAGGCCAGGGUCAGGGUCAUUUGCCCCCUCAUCCCUGAUUUGUUGUCUGACGUUUUCUGAAAGAUGCUUCCAAGCGUCUGUGAGGAACCACGCCGUUUGCAAUGUGCUCUGCAAGAAGUGUUUAAAUUAUUUCAGCCCAACUCCACUGUAUUAUCGCUCCUCCAUUCAGCAGAUUCCAUUGUUGCGAGCCCACAAGGAAACUCGAAGGAAAAAGAUUAUGUUACAUGCAGAGCUCGUUUUAUGUCAAGACCAUGUACUGCAUUUGUUAAAACUACAUAGCCUUCAUAUAGCAUACAAAUGUAAACACUUUUAAAAAUGCAAGUUAGAUUGUUUAAUAUAUUUCCUAGUUAUAGUACAGGAAGUUAGUUUUUAAACAAAAUAGGAUUCUUGGGAGAACUUUGUAUUCAAACUUACCAAAACAGUGCUACGAUUAAUUAGAUGACUGGGCAGCUUCAGGGACUGAUUAAGCUUGCCCUAUGUUGAAACUUAUUUAGUGGUCUCUGUGGCUGUUACCUCACGACUGUAUGUUGCUAUAGAUAUUGGAAAACAUUUUAGGCUUCCUAAAAUUCCGGGGCCCCAGCUUGCUGCUCUGUCAACCCUCCACUGCAGUCCUACUCAGCGCAGACCCAUCCUUCCCUGCAAAGGUCUCUGUUAUAUGCUAACACAGAGAACCUGGCUGUUUCCAAAGAGUAAAUCUCUCUUCCUUUAAGCUUUUAAACUGAGUAAAUCUCAUUCAAUAAACCUCAACAUUUAAUGUUCUAUUUCAAGAUUUCAUUGCAGUCUCUGCUCAUUUGAUUCACAUCGCAUUCGUAGAUCACUGAAAUGAUCAUGAUUUUAAAACUGAAAACCAAAGUAUGAGAAAUGGGGUGAAAUGCUGUGAGAAAAUGGGUAGAAUGGAAAAACACGUGGUGUUUUACUGAUCUGAUUUACAUGUCAAAAGGCUGUGACUUUGUACAUAAACAUACUAGUGCACUGUUUAUUUGUAUGUCUUAUGUACAUAAACAUACUAGUGCACUGUUUAUUUGUAUGUCUUAGUUCAGUUGCUCUGUCUAUGCUGUUGAAACUGACAUUUUAUAACAUAACAAUAGAUAUUCUAAUUUAUUUUUUAAUUUAUGGGUGUUGGGAAUUCUAAACUUUUUUGGUGAUUUUUAAAAAAAAAUGUUGAUAUUAUCUUAAAAUGCAAAAAAAAAAAGGCUAAAUUUAGUUGAUGAUAAGGCACGCAUAUUUGUAAAUAUAUAUAUUGGGCUAAGGGUAUUUCUUUGUUUAAAAUAUGUUAUGAACGUGAGUGAUAUUGACAUUGUUGAUUCUGUGUCUGUUGAAGUUAGUUAAAAUAGUAUAUACUGUUGAUAACACUUCGAUAGUUUAUAAUCACGGUUGAAACAUGUUGAUGCCAUUUUUUUUUUAAAAACAAGAAUAAUUUUUUUAUUACUCGCAUGGUUGUGUGGCACUGAUUUUAAUUUUGUAAAAAAUUUGGCGAAAUCUGUCCCUGUAAAUAUCACCCCAUUUAAAUACUUUAACAUCGUGAAGCAUGAGAAUUAAUUCGUACCCUUUGAUCAUAGAUACCCAAAAGCAGUGAGUUUAAAUUGUUUUACAUUUUAGAUAAGUGACAGCUUUUUUAAAUUUACCAUAACAUUAAGUCAAAUUAUCUUCAAUUAACACUCAUUAACUUGUCCGAUUUUCCUGUGUUUGAUUGAGGAAAACAAAAUGGAAUGGGUCAAACUGAAUUCCUUCCCCUGAUCUCCGGAUAUGUGAAAAGGGGAGAUCAGUCACUAGCAUAACAAGAUAUACCUCAUGACGUUUCAUUCUCUUCAACAUCAUCCCAUUUCGAGAAGUAUGAUUUAUUUUUAUUUAUACAAAAUAAUGUUGAUACGACUUGUUGACACGGAUGCCAGUGAUAUCAACCCC